AUGGCUUCCUCUUCCGGUGCUCGAACCGCUAUCCUUGUCGCUCCCGCCGCCAUCACGGAGGUGGAGGUUGAAACGGAAGACCACGAUGGUGAUGCAUCGUCGGCGCAGCAACCGCGGACACGAUUGUCCCGCCGGCGCAUACGGCGUGUGGUGGCGGGCACGGGCAUCGGAGGGGGCCAACGUGAAGCGAGCGACACCGAUGGAGGAGGAGGUACUGCACGAGCGCCAGUCGAAGCAGUCGACGAUACCGUGAACGAUCCCGGUAAUGAUGGAGGUGCCUCCGCCGCUGCUGUUGCUGCUGCUGUCGCCGCCACUGCCUUAGCCAUCACCGCUAGUUCCGGCGGUGGUGGCAGUAGUAGUAACGUAAACAUCAGCGGUGGUUCGAUUAAUAGUAGCAGUGGUAGUAGCGCCGUGCCACCAGGCAAUAGUUACGAUAGCAAAAGUGGGCCGAUGCAGCCGACUGGUGGUGGUGGUGGUGGUGCAGCGGCAAUAGCGCUGGCGCUGAACCAGCAGCAGCCGGCGAACAUAGCGGUUGGAUCGUCGGCGGCGGCGGCUGCCGCUGCGGUGGUGGCCCUCGUUGGUGGACCGCUGAUGGCCGAAUACAUCAAAGGCGAUGUAGGUGUGACGUUUCCGCUCGCUGGUACACAACCUUCCCCACCAUCACCGUUGGGUAGCGGUAGUAGUGUCAGCGCAGGUGGUGGUGGAGGUGGCGGCGGCGGCUGCGGCGGUGGAGAAGGACCUUCCCAUAAGCAGCAACUAGUGGGAUCGCUGAAGCUACAACAAUCUCAAACCUCCCAACCAUUGUCGAUGCAGCAUCAGCCACCACAACAGCAGCAUCAGCAGCCCCAAACGGCACCGCUACCUUUACUGUCGCCGAAAUCGCCCCCGAUCGACGAGCAGCCGUGCGAUCUGCGCAUGCUAACGCCGGCCACCUACUUGCGCGAGUUCGCCAGCACCGUGAAGCCGGAAUCGUUUGCGGCGGCCGCGGCGACCGCGAUCAAGUUGGCCGCGUCGGCCAACACGGGCAGCGCGAGUACGGCGGCCGCAUUGCCGAUGCCCAUGUUUAAGGGCAUGACGACGCCGCCGCCGAUGCCCCAACCACUGGCAGCAGUGCCUUCGCCGAUCGUCGGCGGUACCUAUUCCUGUACCCGGUGCGGCAACUCGUACGCCCGGCCGCACAGCCUCAACCGGCACAUCCGAUUCGAGUGUGGCGUCGAGCCAAAGUUCGAAUGUCCGGUGUGCCACAAAAAGUCGAAGCACAAGCACAACCUUGUGCUGCACAUGCGCACGCAUCAGCAUCGAUGA